UCGGAGAGCAAGACUUUCUAACGAGGAGAUGAAAGAAGAACAUUCCGAUGGAUAAAAAGACUUAGAUGCGAUAUUUGCAACAAUCGAUCAUCAAAUCACUCGCAGUGUUUCUUGUUGAUUGACAACUUUUUCUUUCCGAGUGUCUUUCUUGCUGGCUUGCUUUGCUCAUCAAUAAUUCUACUAUCAACAAUUCUACUAUCAAUAAUUCUACUAUCAAUAAUUCUACUAUCAACAAUUCUACUAUCAAUAAUUCUACUAUCAAUAAUUCUACUAUCAAUAAUUCUACUAUCAAUAAUUCUACUCAUCAAUAAUGUACAUCAUCAGCCCACUUGGCGAUCACCUAUCAAUACUCCAAUAAUUGAUCACUUCUUACCGCCAACUUGUGCCGUCUUUGGACGAGAUCAAACGUUCACUUCGUGCUCGGAGCUUUGCAGCUCAGUCUGACGGAAAGGUGCGCGCAGUCGGUGAGCACAGCCAGGUGAGCACAGCCAGACAAAGUGCGCGUGUACCAGGGCGUGCGCGUGAAGACGACGGUGAAACAGCUGCUGCAGAGACACAGAGCUAGACUGGCCACCCGGAAAAGAGUCAGAAAGAUGUCAGAAACAUGUUUGGAUCUUCACACUCUCUGUGCCUCCACUCUUCCCAAUGUUGCUAUGGAAGCCCCCCCCAUGAAGCUCCCCGCCCCUUGUGGCCCUGCAGCUCACCUGCGGAGUCCCGCCUCCUUCUGCUUGGACAAUGCAAGCAUCAGCCAGCAGCCUUUUGCAGACGUGGUGAUGUUCAACAACAACAACAACAACAACAACAACAAUAACUACUACUACAACAACUACUACUACAACUACUACAACAACAACGACACCUGCCUGCCUGCUUUCCCGCCAUGGAGCCUCGCCGCCGACCAUGACGACUUAGUCCAUGAGAUGGCUUCAUGUUCCUCACCAGAGUCACUGAAGCUCUGCAGCCCAGCAGAUUCUUUGUCGUCCUCUUCCCCUUCUUCCUGCUACGACUCUCCUCCAAGGAUGGACAACAACUACAGCGGCUUUAUGUCACAGCAGCCUGACCUUCACCACACUUCCUGCCUUCCUUCUGACACUUCCUGCCUUCCUUGUGACACUUCCUGUCUUCCCCACAACACUUCCUGUCUUCCUCACAACACUUCCUGCCUUCCUCAUGCCACUUCCUGCCUUCCUCAUGCCACUUCCUGCCUUCCUCACGCCACUUCCUGCCUUCCUCACACCACUUCCUGCCUUCCUCACAACACUUCCUGCCUUCCUCACUACUCGUCUUACUACCCCAACACUGAGUCUUCCUACUGCGUGCAGCGAGAAGAGAAUUGUUACAAGAUCAACACUGACAUGUCUUACAAUGUCCUAUGAAUGAAUGCAUGAAGUUGUUGGUGUUCUAUGAACACAUGACUUUUUUACUGUCCUAACCGUAAUGAACCCAGACAUGAAUGAAUGACUUUUUAAUGUGCUGUACAUUAAGUAUUUUUUUCUGUCCUUUGAAUCAUUGACUGACUUUUAAUGUUCAAUGAAUGGUUGAAUA